AUGGCUGCUGCCCUGCGGUCGAAAUCCUCCCGAGACAGAGCUUCGGCCGCCGUCUCCCAGCUCCGACGCUUCAUCCAGAACCACAUGCAAGCUGGCCGGGCCGCCCGAUUCGACUACUAUUACCACAACAACCCCAGCUUCAUCUCGGCCUCGCCCUUCAAUUUCUCCCCCUUCAAGCCCCUCUCUUACCGCGGCGAGUACAUCGAUGGCGGCGGGACUUUCCUUAAAAAUUUCCGGAAUAAUAAUAAUAGUAGGAAGAAAAUCGAGAGUUCGGGCUCGCAGGGGGACCCACCGGAGGUAUGGCAGCCGCCUGACCGGCUUGCGGUCACGCCGUCCAUCAGGUUCAUUCAGGUCGAGAACAGUGUCGACCCGAAUGCGGGAUCCGGAGGCGGUGGGCUCGGGGCGGGAGACAGGGAUGACUGCUGGGGCGGGUCAAAUCUCGGCCCGAAUUUCCCAACGCCGAAGGAGAUAUGUAGAGGGCUCGAUAAGUUUGUGAUCGGGCAGGAGAAAGCUAAGAAGGUUCUUUCUGUAGCUGUUUAUAAUCACUACAAGAGGAUUUAUAAUGAUUCACCACAGAGGCCUGCUGGGAGUACAGAUAGUGGCAAAACUGAAGGCUCGGAGAUUGAAAACGUGGAGCUCGAAAAAAGUAACAUUCUCGUUAUGGGCCCCACAGGGUCAGGGAAAACACUGCUUGCCAAAACUUUGGCAAGGUUGGUUAAUGUUCCCUUUGUUAUAGCUGAUGCAACUACGCUUACACAGGCAGGAUAUGUUGGGGAAGAUGUCGAGUCCAUCUUAUACAAACUGCUUACAGUUGCCGAUUAUAAUGUUGCAGCUGCUCAGCAAGGCAUAGUUUAUAUCGACGAAGUUGAUAAGAUCACUAAAAGGGCAGAGAGCCUUAACCUUAGUAGAGAUGUGUCUGGAGAAGGUGUUCAGCAAGCGCUUUUGAAGAUGCUCGAGGGAACUGUGGUUAAUGUCCCAGAGAAGGGUGCUCGUAAGCAUCCUAGAGGUGACAAUAUCCAGAUUGACACGAAAGAUAUUCUCUUUAUAUGUGGUGGUGCUUUUAUUGACUUGGAGAAGACAAUCUCAGAAAGACGUCACGAUUCUUCAAUUGGGUUUGGUGCUCCCGUACGUGCUAACAUGAGAACAAUCGGUGUUACAAAUGCUGCUGUGACAUCAUCCUUACUAGAUACUGUUGAAAGUAGUGAUCUAAUUGCAUACGGGCUUAUACCUGAGUUUGUCGGACGAUUUCCUGUACUUGUUAACUUGUCGGCCCUUACUGAGGAGCAGCUUGUUCAGGUUCUAACAGAGCCAAAAAACGCAUUAGGCAAGCAGUACAAAAAAAUGUUCCAAAUGAAUGGAGUGAAAUUGCAUUUCACAGAAGAUGCACUGCGAAUGAUUGCAAGAAAAGCAAUGACUAAAAACACGGGUGCCCGAGGCUUACGGUCCCUGUUGGAGAAUAUUUUAAUGGAUGCUAUGUAUGAGAUUCCUGAUGUUAGAACUGGGGACAAUAUAAUAGAUGCCGUUGUAGUAGACAAAGAAUCUGUGGACCGUGGAUUUGGGGCCAAGAUUCUUCACGGCAAAGGGGCCUUGGACCUCUAUUUAUCAUCUCAACAUAAGGUGAAGGACUCGGAGACUUGUGCAGAUGUGUCUGAAGGAGAACCAGAGAUCGAUAACGAGCUUCCUUCUAUUGUAGCCUUGUAA